AUGACGCAAAACGUGGAGGGUACGGAGAGUCGAUGUCGUCAAGACGGCGUCGUUGUGGACAGAGACAAGAACAAGCUAUUUGCCGAGAUGGACGAAAGUAUACAAAUGCUGUUGGAGUAUGGUCAACCAGUGCCAAAACCACCGCCUAGGAGAAAUUUACCAAGAGAAAAGGUAGGCUCUUGCGCAGUCAAAUACUUAAGGAUGGGGUAAAG